CCGAGGAGGGCCCCGCGCGGCCAUGGCGGCAGCGGCGCUGGAGCGCUGGGUGUCCGGCGAGCUGCAGGAGCUGCUGGGCCUCAGCGGCCGCCACGUCCCUGCCUUCCUGGUGGCCCUGGCCGGCCGCAGCCGCAGCCCGGAGGAGCUGCUGGAGAGGCUGCGCGAGACCGAGGCGCUGCGGGUGGAGGAGCCGCGGGUCCAGGCCUUCGCCAGGCAGCUAUGGGAGAAGGUGCCUCGGGCAGCCCCCCGGGAGCCCCCCGGGCGCGCGGCAGAGCGAGCGGCGCUGGAGCUGCAGCGGCGCAGCAGAGGCUACCGAUUGGUGGAGAGCGACGAGGAGGGGGAGGGGCCGGCGCCCGACCCCGCCCCUAGCUCCUCCCACCCCCCAGGCUCCUCCCAGGCCCCCUCCCGGCGCCGCCACCUCCGCCGCCGGCGCCGCUCCCAGAGCCCGGAGGAGGCUCCCAGCCCCCCCCUGGCGCCUACCCCGCCCCCCCCUGAGCCUGCUGAGGACCCUGAGGCAGAAUGGGAGGCAGCAGAGCAGGAGAGGCUGAAGGACCUGGAGCAGAGGGAGGCCUUUGCCCAGCGCCUGCGACACCGAGACCAGCAGCGGACACGGAGCAAGGCCUACGAAGAGGCCCAGAAGAGGCUGAAGGUGGCAGAAGAAGACCAAAAGGCUCUGGUGCCGGAGCUGCGCAAGCGCUCGCGCAGGGAGUACCUGGCCAAGAGGGAGCAGGAGAAGCUGGAGGAGCUGCAGGCCGAGAUCGAGGACGAGGAGCAGCUCUUCGGGGAGGAGGCCCUGAGCCGCGCCGAGCUGCAGGAGCUGGCCUACAAGAGGAGGCUCAGGGACCUGGCCCAGGAGUACAAGAGGGCAGGGGAGAGGGAGAGGCUGGAGAAGACCUCCAGGUACCACAUCCCCGAGGAGCGGCGCAGCAAGUCGAUCCCGCUGCCGGAGGAGGCUGCGGGGGCCGGGGCGGAUGCGGCGGCGCCGCGGGACGAGCAGCGGCGCUGGGAGGAGGAGCGGCUGGAGGCUGCCACCCUGCGCUUCGGCGCCCGCGACGCCGCCCGCCGCGCGCCCCCCGCCUACCAGGUCCUGCUGGAGGAGGAGCAGAUGAUCCACUUCGUGGGGGCUGCCCCCCUGCAGGGCAGCCAGCCCCAGGAGGCGGCCGGGGCGGUGCCGGCGGCGCAGCCGUGCCGCGAGGGCGCCCAGCAGGAGCGCCGCUCCCUGCCCAUCUUCCCCUUCCGCGAGCAGCUGCUGGAGGCCAUCGCCGCGCACCAGGUGCUGGUCAUCGAGGGCGAGACCGGCUCGGGCAAGACCACCCAGAUCCCACAGUACCUGCACGAGGAGGGCUACACGCGGCAGGGUCUCCGCAUCGGCAUCACCCAGCCCAGGCGAGUGGCUGCCAUGAGCGUGGCUGCCAGGGUGGCACUGGAGAUGGGCACCAAGCUGGGCAACGAGGUGGGGUACAGCAUCCGCUUCGAGGACUGCACCUCGGAGAGGACUGUGCUCAAGUACAUGACGGACGGCAUGCUGCUGCGGGAGUUCCUGACCGAGCCUGACCUGGCCUCCUACAGCGUGAUCAUGGUGGACGAGGCGCACGAGCGCUCCCUGCACACGGACGUGCUCUUCGGGCUGCUCAAGGACCUGCUGCGCUUCCGCCCGCGCCUCAAGGUGCUGGUGGCCUCGGCCACGCUCGACGCCCAGCGCUUCGCCGCCUUCUUCCAGGGCGCGCCCGUGUUCCGCAUCCCCGGCCGCCGCUUCCCCGUCGACAUCUACUACACCAAGGCCCCCGAGGCUGACUACCUGGAGGCCUGCGUGGUGUCUGUGCUGCAGAUCCACCUCACACAGCCCCCUGGCGACAUCCUCGUCUUCCUCACCGGCCAGGAGGAGAUCGAGGCCUGCGUGGAGCUGCUGCAGGAGCGCUGCCGGCGCCUGGGCUCGCGGCUGCCGGAGCUGCUGGUGCUGCCCAUCUAUGCCAACCUCCCCUCCGAGCUCCAGGCCCGCAUCUUCCAGCCCACCCCCCCGGGGGCGCGCAAGGUGGUGGUGGCCACCAACAUCGCGGAGACCUCGGUGACGAUCGAGGGCAUCGUGUACGUGCUGGACCCCGGCUUCUGCAAGCAGAAGAGCUACAGCGCCCGCACGGGCAUGGAGAGCCUGGUGGUCACCCCCUGCUCGCGGGCCUCGGCCAACCAGCGGGCAGGGCGGGCAGGCCGGGUGGCACCGGGGAAGUGCUUCAGGCUGUACACAGCUUGGGCCUUCCAGCACGAGCUGGAGGAGACCUCCGUGCCCGAGAUCCAGAGGGCAGACCUGGGCUGCUUGGUGCUGCUGCUCAAGAGCCUGGGCAUCAACGAUUUGAUUCACUUUGACUUCCUGGACCCUCCCCCCCACGAGACCUUGGUGCUGGCCCUGGAGCAGCUCUACGCCCUGGGGGCCCUCAACCACCUGGGGGAGCUCACCACGCUGGGUCGCCGCAUGGCCGAGCUGCCUGUGGAGCCGAUGCUGGCCAAGAUGAUCCUGGCCUCCGAGCAGUACGGCUGCCGGGACGAGGUGCUGACGGUGGCCGCCAUGCUCUCCGUCAACAACGCCGUCUUCUACCGGCCCAAGGACAAGGUCCUGCACGCCGACAGCGCCCGCAGGGCCUUCUACCUGCCCGGGGGAGACCACCUGGUGCUGCUCAACGUCUACAACCAGUGGCGCCAGGCAGGGCACUCCCUGCAGUGGUGCUUCGAGCACUUCGUGCAGGCCAGGUCGCUGCGCCGGGCCCGGGAUGUGCGCGACCAGCUGGAGGCGCUGAUGGACAGGGUGGAGGUGGCGCCCUCCUCCUGCGGGGGGGACCUCACCCCCGUCAGAAAGGCGGUCACCGCAGGCUUCUUCUACCACACGGCGCGGCUGACGCGGGGAGGCUACCGCACGGUCAAGCACCAGCAGGGAGUCUUCAUCCACCCCAACAGUUCCCUCUUCGAGCUGCAGCCUCGCUGGGUGCUCUACCACGAGCUGGUCUUCACCACCAAGGAGUUCAUGAGACAGGUGCUGGAGAUCGACAGCAGCUGGCUGCUGGAGGUGGCACCUCACUACUACCAGGCCAAGGAGCUGGAGGAUGGCAGCGGCCGCAAGAUGCCCAAGAAGGUUGGCAAGAGCCCCGAGGAGCUGGGCUGA